UCGUUGCCGUCGUUGUCCUCCUCCACCUCCUCGUCCGUCGCCGUCUGUCUCUCUUGUUCCGCUUCUGUGUGCGACUCGUCGCACUACGAGGUCGAUGCGCGAGAUCCGGCGGUACCCUUCCCCGGCAGUGGGGCAGCCGCCGUGGUACCGUGUUCGGCGCGGCGGACGCCCACGGCAGAAGCUGCCAAAAGCCUUAGGAUGCACUACACAAUAGCGACAUUACACGGCGGCCAUCUUCUUGGUCUCUGCUCGCCGACUGGCCCAGAGGGCAGCCGCCAAUCGGACAAGUUUCUGCCCCGCGAGUGCGUGCCGUCAUCCACCCCCCACCCCCCAUUCAACUCGCACCGUCCUACCGUCUCCAACCCUCUACCGCUGCGGCGCCUCUAUCUCUCUUCUCUUUCCUUCUCUCUCUCGUCCCCGCGAUCUCCGCUAACGCCACGGGGCUUAUUACCGAGCCCCCCUUCCGCAGUGGAGCGCGACACAGGCGACCGACAUCGGUUAUGGAGUUAUGGAGGCCGUGGAACCAAGUACCGAUAAUUCGCCGAACUGCGCCUCGGCGAUCCUCGCGUGCUUCGCGCUCUCGAUCGUCUACGUGGCGAGCCUGUAUGUCUGGAGUUCGCCGCACAACAGAGAGCACCCAUCGACCAUAAAGAAACGAUUUUUUAGCGUAUUUAUCAUGACUUUCGUUUCACCAGCGUUCUUGUACUUUGGACUAAAUGACAAGAUAUUUCAAAAGACAACCAUCUGGGAGAUGCUGGGUCUUCGAUGGACAGGUCUGGUACAAGCGACUGUGAUAUCGCUGCUUCUAACGAUGAUCCUGUUCCUAGGUCCCUUGAGUUUACAAGGAUUUAAUGGGCUGUGGCGAUUGUACGCUGAACCCAUGUAUUGGCUGGCAAGCGUACAAACUUUAACUUGGUGGAGAAAUCAGGUGGUCGCUCCAUUAUCCGAGGAAUGGACCUUCAGGGCUUGCAUGUUGCCAUUACUCCUGCAAUGUUUCACACCGACUACUGCCAUAUUCGUGUGUCCUCUAUUUUUCGGGGUGGCUCAUUUUCAUCAUGUAGUGGAAAGAGUAAAGAUGGGAAUGAGCAUCAAGCAUGCAUUGUUUAUAUCUUGUUUUCAGUCUACAUACACAACGUUAUUUGGAGCGUACGCGGCCUUUCUUUUUGCGAGGACAGGGCAUUUUGUUGCACCAUUUGCUGCGCAUUCAUUCUGCAAUCACAUGGGAUUUCCUGAUCUUUCUGAGAUAGCAACAUACAAGGAUCCACUGAAAAGAGCUGGAUUGAUGUGUCUGUUUGUAAUCGGCUUGGUCGCCUGGUGCUACUUGUUGAUGCCGAUGACUCAUCCAUCAUUGUUUAAUAAUAAUUUAUUCUGGACUAAACACUUUAUAUGAAAUACGUCCGAUCUCUAACAAAUAUUAGGAUAUAACAAAUACUAGGGUUAAAUGUUUUUAUGCAGAAUUUACCGUAAAUAUUCCACAGAUCUUCCGGUUUACAUUAUUGUGGAAUAUUUUAUAUUUAUGUUUAACAAAGAGUACAAUACCGAUAUGUCGGAAAAUAAUGCAUGAUUAAAAUUACUCUACUAGACUAAUUUUAACUAUAUAUUCGACAACUACAAUAUUCAUAUAUCUAUAAUUUAACUAAUCGUGCAGUUCGGCAUUGUUACAACGUAUAUCACCGUAGUGCCUGAGAGUUAAACUUUUAUAGUAGCGAUUAUGAAUGUUACAACUGUUAGAUGAAUUUGUUCGCAAAACCAAAAUGCGAAGAA